UAAUGCUUCACAUUUGUUAGGGUACAAUAAUUGAUAAUUGUUUACUAAAAUUGUAUGUAAUGUUUGUAAAAAUUACAUAAGAAUAAUUACAAGUAUGACAAACAAGACUUCAGAGGCUGCAAGUUUUUGAAAUGGUUCACCUAAAGGGCGCCAAUACGUAAGCGUGAAUCUCGCCGGGCCUAGGAGAUUGCGCAUUACUUGCGCAGUGGUGGGGAUAAGGUAGAGCGUGGCAGUCACACUUGCAUUCGCGUGCCGCCACGUGCCACGUUUUGUGGUGAACCGUUUUACGAGUGUGAUUUGAUAAAAAUGAGAUUAAAAAAGGAAGAGUGAAAGAGAGAGAAAGUGAAAGGGGAAAGUGAUAGUGAGAGAGAGAGAGAGAGAGAGAGAGAGAGAGAGAGAGCUGAAGAAGAAAAUGCAGAAAGGGAAAUCAAAAGAGGCCAUAAGAGAGGGCACACUUCGUACGAAGACGACAAUGACGACGAGGAAAUCAAAAAGUGAAGGCGUCAUUUCACGAUUAGUUUCGAGGUCUGAAUGCGCUGGCUGUGGUGAUACAAAAAAAAAACAUGUUUCGCCACAGCCACCGCCACCGUCACCACCACUACCGCCUCCGCCACUACCGCCUGCAUCGCCAUCGCCGCCACCGCCGCCGCCAAAAUUCUUGUCCUAA